AUGGAGAACAUGAUGCAGGGCAAUAAGAUCAGACGAGUUGCAGCUACUCGCAUGAAUGAGAGGUCAUCUCGAUCACAUACGAUUUUCCGGAUUAUUCUGGAGUCGAAAGAUGCCAAUCAGAAAGAUGGACCUGUACAUAUAAGCUACCUUAACUUAAUGGACUUAGCUGGUUCUGAGAGAGUUUCUCUGACGAAAGCUGCUGGUGAGCGUCUUAAAGAGGGGGCUAACAUAAACAAAUCUUUGUCAGUAUUAGGAAAUGUGAUAAGGCAACUAAGCGAGGGGAAGGAGUUUAUCAGUUAUCGCGAUUCGAAAUUGACUAGACUGCUCUCACAGGCUCUUGGCGAUGUAUAUGGAUCUGUAGUAAAACCUUUAGUCGAUUCCUUCAUGGAAGGUUUCAAUGCCACAAUAUUUGCAUAUGGCCAAACAUCUUCUGGCAAAACACACACCAUUUUGGGCAAUAAAACAGAUCCUGGGCUUUUCCAAUUAGUAUCCAAUCAGUUAUUCCAGCAUGUGGCAGACCAGGUUGAUAAGAGGUACUUGAUUAGAUGCAGUUAUAUUGAAAUCUACAAUGAAAAGAUCAAUGACCUCCUGGAUAAGAGCAAUCAGGGUUUAACUAUAAGAGAAGAUAUCAAAGGAAAUGUGCUGCUUGAUGCAAGGGAAGCUGUCGUAGACAAUGUUGAUAAAGUUAUGGAGAACAUGAUGCAGGGCAAUAAGAUCAGACGAGUUGCAGCUACUCGCAUGAAUGAGAGGUCAUCUCGAUCACACACGAUUUUCCGGAUUACUCUGGAGUCGAAAGAUGCCAAUCAGAAAGAUGGACCUGUACAUAUAAGCUACCUUAACUUAAUGGACUUAGCUGGUUCUGAGAGAGUUUCUCUGACGAAAGCUGCUGGUGAGCGUCUUAAAGAGGGGGCUAACAUAAACAAAUCUUUGUCAGUAUUAGGAAAUGUGAUAAGGCAACUAAGCGAGGGGAAGGAGUUUAUCAGUUAUCGCGAUUCGAAAUUGACUAGACUGCUCUCACAGGCUCUUGGCGGUAAUGCCAAAUCAUUGAUUAUCGGGAAUCAUGUGGCAGACCAGGUUGAUAAGAGGUACUUGAUUAGAUGCAGUUAUAUUGAAAUCUACAAUGAAAAGAUCAAUGACCUCCUGGAUAAGAGCAAUCAGGGUUUAACUAUGAGAAGAUAUCAAAGGAAAUGUGCUGCUUGA